AUGACAAUAUUCAGUUUUUGCGCGAUUCUCCUCUGUUACCUCUGUCAUACAGUGUUUUCUUACUAUAUUCAGGUAAUUAUUCACACGACGAAAAGUGUGAACACUGAAAAAUUCAUGCAUUUUCAGACAAAACGCUUCGAUUAUGAUCCGUCGCCGAUUCUAAUGUACAAUCAGAUGUAUUCGCAUUCAAAUUGGAGACCGUAUCAGUAUCAAACUGAUCGAUCAGUCGAAGAAGGUUAGUUCGAUGAAGCGCGGUAACAAUUUCAACGCAAACUUUUUCAGAUGUGGUGCCCGAUUGGGAAUCUUUGGGCGACGGCGGAACGAUGGACAAGCGAGUGACGGCCGAUCAGAUAAAUUCUUUGUUGAAAAACGCGUGGCUCGGUCGAUAG